CUACGGUAUCGUAUCUAUCCAUCCCACGCUCCCUCUACAGAGUCUACAUAUACAUGGUACAUACGGAGUAAAUCCUCGCCCCCUAUCCUAUCCCGCUCCCAAGACGCGACGCUGCAGCAGCAGAGGAGAUAAUUGACCUCCCCUCCCCCCUUCUCGAGUCUUCGCCCCUCGAGAUCCCAUCCCUCCCCCACGUUGCCGUCGCAACCAUGCAAUGGUUCACCGUCGUCGCGCUGCCCCUCCUCGUGGUGGCCUCGUGGCUCUACACGGCCAACGUGGCGCGCGCGCGGUUCCCCAAGCUCAGGAACAAGAGGAUCUGUCUGCUGAUCGCGCAUCCCGAUGACGAGGCCAUGUUCUUUGCGCCCACGGUGCUGGCGCUCACCGAUCCGCGGCUGGGGAAUCAUGUCAAGAUCCUGUGUCUGAGUAGCGGUGAUGCGGAUGGGCUGGGCGAGACGCGCAAGAAGGAGUUGGUCAAGAGUGGCAUGUCUCUGGGACUGCGCAAAGAAGACGAUGUCUUCAUCGUCGAAAGCCCUGAUUUCCAAGAUAGCAUGACGACCACCUGGGACAAGGUCAAGAUCGCGAACCUCCUCAGCGCUGCUUUCGCGCCCAACCUCACAAAACCCCUGAAGUCGAAAGGCGCAGAAGCGCCCACGGCCACCAUCGACGUCCUCAUAACCUUCGACAGAUCCGGCAUCUCGUCGCACCCGAACCACAUCUCCCUCUUCCACGGCGCGCGCCAUUUCAUCGCGUCCCUGAUGCACAAUCGUCCGGGCUGGCAAUGUCCCGUCGAUCUCUACACUCUUACAAGCAUCAACAUUGUACGGAAAUACACCAGUUUCUUUGAUUCUAUCGUGAGUGUGCUAGCUAUGGCUUUCAGCAGUAAGCAGACGGGAGAUCAUCCUUCUCCCCUUCUCUUCCUGAGCGGGCCUGGAGAGGUCAGGAUCGCGCAGACUGCGAUGACGACGGCGCAUAAGAGCCAGAUGAAAUGGUUCCGCUGGGGCUGGAUCGGCCUCAGUAGAUACAUGGUAGUUAAUGAUCUGAAGCUAGAGAAAGUGACGGCCUUGUGACGGGGAAAAUCGACCGCAUCAACAAAAUCAUCAAGUGCUGGCUGGCGCAAAGAAAAAAGAGAGAAGAAUAAAGGACAAAAGAAAUGUAGACUACUACUACCCUUACAUAAUGUAUAUUCAACAAAGAUCCUCCU